AUGACUGAGCCAGAAAGCGACCUUACUUUUAUGGUUCAUAAAGCCCUAGAACUUGGUCGUUAUGAAGAUGCAGUCAGAUUUGCUCGUCAGCUAAUACAAAUUAAUCCAAACUUAAAUCAUGAUCAAAGAAUUUUUUUAUCAUCAGCAUACCAUGAAGCUGUUUCAAGGCGAAGACAGGAUGUGCUUAUUAUAUCACAAUGCAUCGAAGCUACCGUUGAGGAAGCCAAAAAAGUUAAAUUGGUCGAAAUAGUUAAUAGAGUUCGUGCAAAUAUUCACGAUUACUGUAUGGAUAUCAUACAAAUAGCUAACGAAAUACUUCUUCCAGCGGCAGACUCACCUAUUACCAUAGUUUUUUAUGAAGAAAUGAAAGCAGAUUAUUAUCGUUACGAUUCAGAGGUCCAAGUAGGAGAUCUUAAGAUUCAUUCGGCGCAAGAAGCAGAAAAUUGUUACAAAAAAGCGUUAUCGAUAGCCCGAGAUGUUAUACAACCUUCUCAUCCAGUAUAUUUAGGAAUUAUUCUUAAUUAUUGCGUAUUUUUAGUUGAUAUUAAGAACGAUAUAAAUUCAGCUAAAAUUAUUACCCAGAAUGCUAUUAACCAAGCUUCAGAGUGUGAAGAACAAUUUAAGCCUGAUUCGGAAAUUUGUGUUAGGCUUCUUCAGGAGAAUUUAGAAAUUUGGAGUGAACAAAUUUAA